AUGCCUCGCAAGGCGAUUGACUCGCGGAUUCCCGCUCUUAUUCGCAAUGGUGUACAAGAGAAGAAGCGCAGCUUCUUUGUGGUUGUUGGUGACCAUGCCAAGGAUGUGAUUGUCCACCUUCACUAUAUUAUGUCCAGUGUGGACGUGAAGCAGAACAAGUCAGUUUUGUGGGCGUACAAGAAGGAUUUACUUGGUUUCACAAGUCACCGGAAGAAGCGCGAGCAGAAGAUCAAGAACGAGGUCAAACGAGGCAUCCGCGAAGCCAACCAAGAAGACCCAUUCGAGCUUUUCAUCACCCUCAACCAAAUCCGCUAUGUUUACUACAAGGAAACCGAGAAGAUUCUGGGUAACACCUACGGAAUGUGUGUGCUGCAGGAUUUCGAGGCCAUGACUCCCAAUUUGCUUGCGCGAACUGUUGAGACCGUCGAAGGUGGAGGUUUGGUUAUCCUGUUGCUGAAGAGCAUGACCAGUCUGAAGCAGCUUUACACCAUGUCGAUGGACAUCCACUCCCGAUACCGAACUGAGGCCCACGACGAUGUGGUUGCUCGUUUCAACGAACGCUUCAUUCUGUCACUGGGAAGCUGCGAUUCGUGCCUCGUUGUCGACGACGAAUUGAACGUGCUCCCCAUUUCCGGCGGCAAGACCGUGAAGCCUCUUCCCGCCCCUGAAUCUACCGAUGACUCCGCCACUGGCAGCAAGAAGGAAUUGAAGGAAAUCAAGGAGAGUCUGGCUGACUCACAACCCGUGGGCCCUCUGCUCAGCUUGGCCCGCACCACCGAUCAAGCCAAGGCGCUCCUCACAUUUGUUGAUGCCAUCGCCGAGAAGACUCUGAAGAGUACCGUCGCUCUGACUGCUGGCCGUGGACGAGGAAAGUCUGCUGCUCUCGGUGUUUCUAUCGCCGCCGCCAUCGCUCAUGGCUACAGUAACAUUUUCAUCACUUCUCCCAGUCCGGAGAACUUGAAGACACUGUUUGAGUUCAUCUUCAAGGGCUUUGAUGCUCUUGGCUACCUUGAUCACGUCGAUUACACCAUUUUGCAGUCAACCAACCCCGACUUCAACAAGGCCGUUGUGCGUGUGAACAUUCACCGCAACCACCGUCAAACCAUCCAGUACAUCCAGCCUCAGGAUGCGCACGUUCUGGGCCAAGCCGAGCUUCUCGUCAUUGAUGAGGCUGCUGCCAUCCCCCUUCCCUUGGUACGCAAGCUUAUGGGACCUUACUUGGUGUUCAUGUCAUCCACUAUCAACGGAUACGAAGGCACGGGCCGGUCCCUGUCUCUGAAGCUGAUCCAGCAGCUGCGGGAGCAAUCCCGAAGUGGAGCCAAGAUCGAUGAUACUGACGUUGCAGACCGCAGCACAGGCAAAUCGGCGAAGUCUGCGGACAAGAAUCUCACUGGCCGAAGCUUGAGGGAGAUCACUCUCGCAGAGCCUAUUCGUUAUGCGCCCGGUGAUUCUGUCGAGAAGUGGCUCAACAAGGUCCUUUGCCUUGACGCUACUCUUCCCAAGUCUCGCAUGAACACACAAGGCUGCCCUCACCCCUCCAAAUGCCAGCUGCUCCAAGUCAACCGUGAUACCCUGUUCUCUUUCCACCCUGUUUCAGAGAAGUUCUUGCAGCAGAUGAUGGCUCUCUAUGUUGCCAGUCAUUACAAGAACACCCCCAACGACUUGCAGCUCAUGAGUGAUGCUCCCGCCCACCAACUCUAUGUCCUUGUCCCACCUAUCGACGAAGAGGCCACCAAGCUCCCCGAGCCCCUUUGCGUGAUUCAAGUCGCCCUUGAGGGUCGCAUCAGUCGCCAGAGCGUCCUUAACAGUCUCAGCCGUGGUCAGCGUGCUGGAGGUGAUUUGAUCCCGUGGUUGGUCAGCCAGCAGUUCCAGGAUGAGAACUUUGCUAGUCUGUCCGGUGCUCGCGUUGUCCGUAUUGCUACCAACCCCGAAUACGUGGGUAUGGGAUACGGUUCCAGGGCUAUGGAGCUCCUUGUCGACUUCUUCGAGGGCAAAUUCACAAACCUGGACGAGAACAGCACCUCCGCCGAGGAAGAAAUGGUCCGCGUUACCGAUGAAGAGCUCGCUGGCUCUAGCCUUUUGGACGACAACGUCCACGUUCGUGACAUUCGCACGAUGCCACCUCUGUUCGGCAAGCUUACCGAACGUCGUCCCGAUGCUCUGGACUACAUUGGUGUUAGCUACGGUCUCACUCCAUCCCUUCACAAGUUCUGGAAGCGCGGCUCUUUCCACCCCGUGUACCUGCGCCAGACUCCCAACGAACUGACUGGCGAACAUUCAUGCGUCAUGGUUCGCACCCUGGCCACUGCUGAAGCCGACGACGUCUGGCUCAGCGCGUACACGCGCGACUUCCACAAGCGAUUCCUCUCGCUGUUGUCCUACCAAUUCGGCCAGUUCCCAUCUGUCCUCUCUCUUAGCAUUUGCGAGUCCGCCAACGCCGGUGCCAAGAAGGACCCGAAGUUCAAGCCUCGCCUGUUGAAGAAGCUCGAUCUGGACGAGGCGUUCUCGCCCUUCGAUCUCAAGCGUCUCGACAGCUACGCCAACAACCUUCUGGAUUACCACGUCAUCCUCGACUUAGUGCCCACUCUGUCUGAGUACUAUUUCAGCAACCGUCUGGACGGCAAGGUCAGCCUCUCUGGUGUCCAGCAGUCCAUCCUGCUCGCCAUCGGUCUGCAGCACAAGAGCUUGGAGGACCUGGAGAAGGAGCUGAACCUCCCCUCCUCCCAACUCCUCGCUAUGUUCCUCAAGAUCGUCCGCAAGAUCUCAACCCACUUCCGUGCCUUGCUUGAGAAGAGCAUCGAGGAAACUCUCCCUGCCAAGAAGGUGCCCCUCGUUACCUCAUCUGCCCACGAUGACGAGCCAGAGACCAAGCUCCAGCAGCCCCUGACCGUUAGCUUGGAAGACGAGCUCCGCGAGGGCGGCAAGCAAGUCGACGAGGAGAUGCGCGCCAAGCAGCGUGCCAUGAUCGAGAACUCCGAAGCACCGGACAACUCUAAGCCGUCUAAGCGCAAGAAGGUCGAGACUGCGCGCGACAUCUACGAUAAGGAGAUCGACUCGAAGAGACAGAAGAUCAUCAAGAAGGGCACCGAGGGCCGCAAAAAGCGUUAA